GACAUCCAUCAUCAAAGCGAACAAAGCAAAUAUUCUGCUUGCGAGGAACAAGUGCGACAAUUCUCUUUCGCCGUGUGCCUUUGAUGUUCUUGUAACGCGAAAGGAAAAAGGGCGGAACAAACAAUAAGCGACUUGUAGCAAUUGAACCUCUCUUUGUCCCCGCCUGCUAAGCUCUAGGUGCAUAAGUAUCAUGUUGAUCAUGGCAAUUUCAGUAUACUCACGGUUGCAGAUGACUUUAGAUACAACAAGAACAAGAUAAAAAAGCAAAAAGGCGACCAAUCCAUCUAUCCAUCUAUCCAUCAUGUCGUCGCCAAGUGCCGCUUCUGCUCCCGUGGAGGAGCAGAAGGUCGAGUCACCAUCAGCAGUACUCGACUCUGCCCAAGAAACCGCAAAGGAUGAGCGUCUUGACGACGACGGCACCACGGUCGAGGCUGGAGAAGUGACCGACGAAGCUGAAUCUGAAGCAGCAGAACCCGGUGCCAAAUCUGCCGACAAAUCACCAGGAGAGUCAUCAUCUCCUGAUGCUGGAGAAGCGCCGCCCCUGCCGAACGAAGCUGUUCCUGAUGGCCCGCCCCUACCGAAUGAACCAGUGCCACAGAAGCCAGAAGAUGACGGAUGGGAUUGCCAGUGGGAUGCGAAUAGCCAAUCGUGGUUCUUCUAUAACCGGUUCACGGGCAAGACUCAGUGGGAAAACCCUCGAAUGCCAGACGCAAACGCUGCGACCACCUCGCAAGGGGUAGCGCCGCAGCCGCCUUCUGAUGAGAAGCCUGUUGCGGGCGGCUACAACCCUGCCAUUCAUGGCGACUAUGAUCCAAACGCAUGGUAUGCCAAGAAUGACGAAGAUGAAAGUGCGUCUGCUGGCUUCGCUGGCGAUCCCGCCGCCAUCUAUGGUGCUACAGCCUCUUUCAACCGCUUCACUGGGGCCUUUCAGUCCGGUGAUGCUGGUCCUGAGCGACACUCCGACGAAGCCAAGGCUAAGCGUCAGAUGAACGCGUAUUUCGACGUGGAUGCCGCGGCAAACGCCCAUGGUGGCCGCAGCUUGAAAGCUGAACGCUCAAACAAGAAGCUGACCAAGAACGAGCUAAAGGCCUUCAAAGAGAAGCGUCGGGCUAGGAAGGAAGAGAAGCGCCGAGCUUGGCUGCGCGAUUGAACACAAUCUUCUCUAUAUUCUCCUCUUUCUAAUGGGUUUCUACUUACUUGGUCUGGCUCUCUUACAUGGCAUUGGAUUCUUCAACUCCCCCAAUCUACUUCAUAUUGGGGGAAGCAUAUUACUUUCUAAUUUGGCAGAUUUCUCAGCUUGAAAUUUUCUCGAAACAUACAGCGGCGUUGGAAAAAAAAGUGGGGGUUGCGGAUGGCCUAUUAUUAUUAUCUUGGUUGUAAUCAUGUUUCUUAUUCAUUAAUUUUUCUUGGAAGGACUAGGUUGGUUCUUCGAAUAGGUUUGGGAACAUGGAUUAGAUUACUUUCGUAUAUUACAUAUCCAAAAUAUACUCGAUUACAAG